CAGAAGAAGAGCCGAAAGAGCGCCAUUUCUUAAGAUUUCAGCGUUGCAUAGGGAAGGCAAUGAUAGUUUGAGGGUCGGUUAGAAUUGAAACAAAGUUUACUUUGUGAGGUCUUAUUUGAGAUAAUCUUAAAAUAUGGGGUUACUUUUGCAAAACAAGAAUAACGAUAUAUCUAUAUCCAUAUCUGUUUCCCUCCCUCUGCAAAAAAGAGAGGCAAAAACCCAUCCAAAACCUCCGCUCCGUCAAUCACCACCAUGGCCGCCACCGCUUUCCUCCGCCCUCCUCCGCCUCUCGCCGCCGCCGCCAAACUCCCCUCCCUCGCCAUCCCCACCUCCGUCGCAGCCGCGGCCUCUCCGUUCCUCUCCCUCUCGAACCUCACCCGGCCUCUCAUUCACGCGAGGCGGAGCCCCUUCCUCGUGCGCGUCGACGACGGCGACGGCGACGGCGGGAGCCCCGACGACUACGACAUGGACGAGGACGAGGUCGAGGAGGUCGACAACAAGAAGGAUUUCGAGGUCGAGUACGACCCUCUCGCCAUGGCCGCCUCCUUCGCCGCCGCUUCCGGCUCCGCCGCGGGGGACGACGACAUCGCCAUGGUCCACAGCAAGAGCUUCGUCUCCAUCCAGGGUUGGGGCUCCGAGAUGGUCGUCGAUUACAGGAUCAAUGAGGACGAGUUUCACAAGAUCAGCUUGCUUGACUGUGAUUUCUUCAUCCGGAAGCCUCCCGACCCAGAUAACGAUGUCUAUGAUUUCAGAGAGAUGUAUGUAACUCCUCCAGACACUGAUAUAUACGCGAUUCCUAAAGUUCUUGCACCGAUGCCUCAGAAGUACAUUCGAUGCGCAAUGAGCGAUUAUGGAUGCUACAAUGUCACUGAGCCACCCAUUGAUGCACCUCGAGAUCCUAUGUAUAAGUCUGACAGGGAGAUCACGAAGGUUUUCCUUACAAAGCACUACAGAAAUCGGAGGCUGGGUGACCCAGAAUUUGUUCUGGACUUUGAGGAGAUAUAUGUGAUUGACUCAAAAACCAAAUCAAUAACCAGGGCAAAAGUGAUUGUCACGGUUCCAGGAGGAAGAAAUAGGGAUAGGAAGGAUGACUUGCUUGUGAUACGUGAUAAUGGGUCCUCCUUCAAGAUAAUCCAUGCUAGCGAGAAAGAUGAUCCCACCACAGUCAUAGAGAGGGAAGAGUGGGUGAAGACAAGGCAAGACAUGGAGAGACAUCUGAGGAAGCUAAGAGACUUUAGCGUUUCAAAUUGGUUCUAGAUUCACAUAAUUUAGAGAGUGCUCAUUGUAAAUUAAGGAGUCGAUGGCGAAAUUGUGGUGGUUGACAGUUUAGUAUCUCAGCCCAUGCCAUGUGAUGACUUAUAUCGCUUGAGGUUCCUCAGUACAGUAACUUCAAAUUGAUUAUUCUGCAAUUGUAUCGUGACUACGGGGAUGCCCUCUGUGUUCAAAUAAUAUCUAUUCUGUCAUGUUUGAAA